UUGGGCCGUCGGGAUUGGAGGUGUAAGUCGGAAAAUAAUGCGUACCCCCUUUGACGAUUGUGUGGCUGGUAGCAUGGCUACAAUGCCUUAGCUUUACGAAGGACGAUUGAACUUGUAUAUGGACUCGGUGGAAACUUACCGUUUGCUAGGUAUCACAGCGGAACUGUAUUAUGUGAGGAAUGGAAUCAUCAACAAUUACGCACUGUCGUUUAGCCUUCCCAUACCUGCCGACAUCACAGAUAUUUACUUCACCUGGCAGAGUUUACGCCAACCUCCUCCAGCUAUGUAUUACAGUAUGGCAUUCUCCUCCUCCAAUCUGAAGGCGAUGGCCAUACCAGAGACUAACAUCACGCUGAAUGGUCCAGUCCCUACCACUUUGUCAGUCUUCCAGGUGAAAUUCCCAUGCACGGGAAAAGUGACAGCAGAAGUUGAUGUUCGAAUGCAGCUCAAUGUCAGCAUUUUUUCCACAUCCAACCAGACAUUGCUGAACUUCAAGAGGAGGAAACUCUGUUUAAAAGCUGAUGAGAUAUCCAUUCCUGCUACCAGUGGAGGUGUGAGAAGCUGGCCUAGAGGCACCGCAAAUCUACCAAUAAAUGACACCUUCUUCUACUAUGAUCCUCAACAAGCUCAGAACAUGUCCUCCUCUACCCACAUCUUCUACAUCGCUGUUGGAUGCGCCUGCGCUGUCAUUUUACUCAUCGCCAUGGCGGUAGCUGUUUACUACCUGAACUCACAAAAAUCAGGAAUGAGGGGAUAUACGGAACGGAUGAGUGAAACUGACAGUUCACAGGCGCUCUCCCAGCAGAGUCAGUUGUUGUUACACUCAGACACGCCCAAUAAUUCUACUGUUGCCCCAACAGCCAAUGCCACAUCUGCUGUAUGCAUAGAGUCGGAAACCCCUAACAGUACCCCUGUGUCCACAGUUGAGACUAAUGGUGUAAUAAAGAAAGGUUAUCUGCACAUCACUGACCUCAAACCCACGGACGUCACAGCCAUGUUAAACGAGGUCCAUUUAGAGCGUAACAAGAUCACGCUGGGAGAGGUACUGCUAGAAGGGACCUUUGGUAGAAUAUAUCAUGGAACUAUAGUGGGUGAGGAUGAAAAUGACUUGUCUGCACAGCAAGAUGUCUUCAUUAAAACAGUUAUUGACCAGGCCCGUCCAGAUCAGGUUCAGACGUUCCUCACAGAGAGUUGUUUGUUUCGUGGCCUCGCUCACCAGAAUCUGAACACCAUCAUUGCAGCCUGUCUGGACAACGAGAAACAGCCAAUGGUCAUUUAUCCUUAUGCAAAUGAGGGCAAUUUAAAGAAAUUUUUACAGAAAUGUAGAAUGUCAGAUACAGGAGCACAUCAGGCUCUGUCAACACCACAGCUGGUCUACAUGGCCAUACAGAUCAUACGGGGGAUGCAAGCCUUACACCGCAAAAAAAUAGUCCAUAGAGACUUAGCCACGAGGAAUUGUGUAGUUGACCAGCAUCUAACAGUCAGACUGAUGGACAACGCUUUAUCACGGGACCUGUUUCCUCAGGACUACAACUGCCUGGGUGACAAUGAGAAUAGACCGGUCAAGUGGCUAUCUGUAGAGGCUAUUCUGGAGAAAAAGUUUACCCCUGCCAGUGAUGUGUGGGCUUUCGGAGUGACACUCUGGGAACUGAUGACGAUUGGUCAACAGCCCUACUCCGAGAUUGACCCGUUUGAGAUUACAUCCUACCUUCAGCAAGGCUACCGAGCAGCACAGCCAAUCAACUGUCCAGAUGAGCUGUUUGCGGUGAUGGCGUGUUGUUGGGCAAUGUCCCCAGAUGAGCGUCCCAAGUUUUCACAGCUUCAAACAUGUCUGACGGACUUUUACACAGCACUGGGUCGAUACAUCUGAUCACCGACGCACAACGUCAAACGGGAAAAAUCCCACGCAGGCUGCAUGCUCGCUUGAAAACGGGCCUGGUGAUCGUGUUCAUUUCUGUGAAAUGUAAUGUUCAGAGCUGCCAUUGUUACAAAAGCUCCCAGACAAUUUCCUUUUGUGACAGGAGCAUUUAAUUUCUGGAGUUCAUUUUGUGUGGCAGAGAUGGAAAUGUGGAGGCCCUGCAUGGAAAUUGACAUUCUCGUGCAUGUGAAAUAUGAGUUAUAUAAACAGACUGUAGUCUACUGCUUGUGUAUUUGUUUAUCCUAUAGCCAGAAUGAAUCUCAGGGUACUUACAGGAUUUUAGGAUGGGGCUGGUUGGGGAUUAGCUUGAAGAAUGGGUGCGUGUAGAGUAAGUGGUAAUUCAAAAUGUUUACAGUUUACAAACAAAAUGAGAGAGGUGAAAUGAGUUGCGCUAUUUUCAGCUCUUGUUGAAUGGAGGUAGAAAAGACGUCUUCAUUUCAUCAGUGGUUUCAUAUGGCGUACA